UCUAAUCUCAUACGAAAACUUUUAAAGGACUGAUAUACCCUCUCAUGUUCAUAUAAAAUAGGGCAUAUGCCAUUUGUAUUCGAAUUUAUUACUCAUUCAGAAUCAGAUCUUUUCUCCGCUCGGACACUAGACAGCGAAGGUUAUGGAGAGGACAAUGAAGGCACUCGUUUUUCUGCUCCAUUUUGCUUUGUUCUUCACAUUCUCACAAGCCCAAUCCGGCAUUCCACAGCCCCGACCUCUGAAAUCCUUCAAGCUCCGGGAGGAUGCCCAGAAUAACAAUCAAAGAAGCUGUUCUUACACGGUAUCAAUAACUACAAGCUGCUCUUCACCACGAUAUACUCGAGAUCAAAUCAGUCUUUCUUUCGGUGAUGCGUAUGGAAAUCAGGUUUAUGCACCGAGGCUGGACGAUCCAUCUUCAAGGACCUUCGAGAGGUGCUCAAGGGAUACAUUUGAGAUAUACGGACCAUGCACAUAUCAGAUCUGCUAUCUGUAUCUCUACAGGAGUGGAUACGAUGGUUGGAAGCCAGAUACAGUCCAAGUCUAUGGCUACAAUACCAAAUCUGUUUCAUUCUAUUACAACACUUUUAUUCCCGGUGAUGUUUGGUUUGGCUUCAAUUACUGUAAUGGCGGUGCUUCUGCUUUAUCCAGUCCAUCAUCUACUGCAGUGUAGUUGAUGACCAAAUAUAAUAUGCAGGAUCUUUUUGUGUAACUUUGUUCCUGUGAAAUCAUGUGAGACAUUUGGGGAGUUUUCUAUUUCAAGUGAAAAUUUUCCUGAUUUCCCUUUAAUUAAUAAUUCCUUUUGAAUUGGUCAAUUUACAUGUUGAGGAUAAGGCUUUUGUGUUUUGUAGCAGAUUGGAAACGUUUAUUAUAACUAGCAGACUUUUUUGAUUGGUUGAUCCA